ACUGGUGAGCGGGGUGGAAAAUUCAGUUUGCUAGCGGCUUUCCAGCGGCUUGUAAGUCAAUUAAAAAGUCAAUUUGUGUGGGUUCACUGCUGGUUGCCAUUACCGCAACAUUUCUACGGCUUCCGCCGGGAAACUGAGUCACGGACACGGUUACGGUUACGGGCGAGGGAGCGCUUGCACCGGAAACCCGACGAGCGGGCAGACUACCAACGAAAUUGGAGGAUUUCCCGCCGCCACCUGGUCAUGGACUACAUCUUCGAGUGCUUCUUCGACGACACCUUUGACCAGAUCACGCGUAACGGCCUGCAGGACCGCCAGUCUCGCCGCGAUGUCCUUGACCAUCUGAGUGCCAUAAUCAAAGGCUGCAGCGAAGGGCAGGAUACGCAGACAGAGGAAGUGGCCGCCAUAGCAGUUCUAGCCGCCAUGCGCUUCCAUCGCCUUGCCAAGGAGCAGAACGGAAAGGUAUGCCUCAUGGGCAAAUACCAUAACAUCCUGUAUAUCGGCCUGCGCACCUGCUGGGAUUGGGGAGUGCGCGACUCCGAAGUGGUCGUUCAGCUCUUGGGAGCCAUUUAUGAGUGCGAAAAGACCUUUGAGCGGAUUUUCCUCGGCGCCUUGUUUGGACCACAUGCUCCACACUUUAUCGCCGGCUGGCGCAGUGACUUCCAGGAUCAGCACGAGAAUGUCCGGGCCAUGGUUUACUUUGUGAAGCACGCGACACGCGAGAAACUCACGCUGCCCGUCUGGAUUCCGCGUUUCGAACAGGAGCGACAGCUGAGAUUCAUUGAUGUCCCCAUUGAGUCCUGCGGAAAGUCUUCGCCCCUACGCAUUGCCCUGCAAGCGAAUGCGCCCGAAAUGUUGCUCAUACUGCUGAGAUACGGGGCCACACCACAGCCGCCGGAUGGAGGCGCCUCUGUAAUUAUCGCGCUGCUCGACAAACUCAUCGAGAAUGGGCGCAAUUACAGUUACGAGUUGGUCAUGUGCCUGAAGAUAUUGCUGCGCAAUGUAACCAUGGUUGAGAUGCCCUUUAAGCCCCUUUUAUACGCCUCCAGACGAGAGAUGUUCUUUGAGCGUUACGGCCGCCUGUUGAUGGAUAAAAUUAUUGGCAAAGAACAGGUCUAUGGAGUGCCCACCCUACGUCACUUAUGCCGCUGCAGCAUUCGCGAUAUCCUGCGGCAGCACAAUCAACUGCCCAAUGGCAUUGACACCUUGAGGCUGCCAAAGCGCCUGCAGCGAUACAUCGAUUUAACCGAGGAGCUGGAUGGGCCCGCGGUGGAGCCGGAAAAACCGGAUGUGCCAAAACCCGCCUCUGCAGCCAGGACAAAGCUGGGAAGCGAGCUGCCCCGCUUGGAAACAAUCUCAAGUGCCGGCGAGGAGGAUGAGAGCGAGGACGAAAGCGAGAAUCAUGUCCAGUUGCUGGAGGCGGUUACGGAUGCGGAAAAGGCCGCUGUGGCCGCAUUUGUGGCUACAAGUGAUGGAGCCAUUACCCCGGAGGCUAAAAAAGCGGCGAUGGCUGCCUACAUGGCCAACCUGCCGCCGGACUACGAUCCCGAAUUGCCACCCGACUUCGAUCCCGAUUUCCCGCCCCUUUCCAGCUAACACUGGAUGGGUAACAUAACACUCACCGAUAGGUCUCCUCGCUGACAUUGAUGCGACCGGGCACGCCCGUGGUCU